AUGAGAAACAUUGAUAUAAUGGGAGUGUCAAUUUUUUUUAAAUAUUAUUUACUUAAUUUCAAAAUUUUUAAAAAUAAAAUAAAACAUAAUUUAAAGGAGGUUACAACUUCUCAAUUCAGAGAAUCUUGGUUGGUUGCAAUUUUUGCAUCCUUUCCCAAAUUAUUAGAUUCUGGUUUUUUAUUUCUUAAAGACUUCUCAUUUUUCAAGUAAUUGUCACCAAAGUAUGUGACAAUCAGCUCACCAACAAAUCACAAUCCAGUAUUCCAGUCCCCAUAUGCGAUGGAUAAUGCUUUUCCCCCACUUCUUCUGCAGUUCCUCCCUCAGUUUCUUCGACUCUUCUACCGGGGGAAAAAAAAAAACUGUUUUUUCGACUCAGUUACUAACCCCCAAAACCCCUGUGACGCUCUUUCAUAAGAGAAACUUUAAUUCAAUCACAACCGGAAACCUCAUGGGAUUCUCACCCGAAUCGCUCAGAAGAAGUCAGGAUUUUCAAUGGGGAAGAAGGAUGCUUUCCCCGACGCGAUUUUACGAACCGAGCAGUUUAAUUUUCAAGAGAGGUUCUGUUUCUUCUGAUAGCUGUUGGGCUGCUGGUUUUAGAGGUGCUAAAGUGAAAAUCAUAGAGAAAUAUGGAUUGUACAAUGGAAGAUAAGCUUCUUGGGCCAGGGAAGGAAUGUGGAAAGGACUUGAAAGGAAGAGUUUGGAUUGAAUCAAAGCAGCUCUGGAGGAUUGCAUCUCCUGCUAUACUCGCAAGAAUAACAUCAUUUGGAAUAUUGGUGGUUACACAGUCAUUUAUUGGGCAUAUUGGUGCAACUGAACUGGCUGCAUAUGCACUCGUCCAAAUCAUUCUUGUGCGCUUUGUAAAUGGAAUACUGUUAGGAAUGGGAAGUGCUGUAGAAACAUUAUGUGGCCAAGCAUUUGGAGCACGGCAUUACCACAUGAUGGGUAUCUAUUUACAACGGUCAUGGGUUGUUCUUCUUACUACUUCAACCAUUUUGCUCCCUUUUUUCAUCUUCUCUUCCAGCAUUUUAAGGCUUAUUGGCCAGGAAGAAGAGUUAUUAGCAGCAGCAGAAAAUAUUUCCCUUUGGUUUAUCCCCAUCAUGUACACUUUUACUUUUUCAAUGACAAUGCAAAUGUACUUGCAAGCCCAACAAAAGAACAUGAUAAUUGGAUGGUUAUGUAGUGCAUCAUUUGUGGGUCACUUGAUCUUAUCUUGGCUUUUUGUGUACGAAUUGAACUGGGGGAUACCCGGCGCCAUGGGUGCAAUGGUAAUCUCCAUGUGGUCAGUGGUCAUCGGGGAAUUUGUUUACGUCUUUUGUGGUUGGUGCCCUGGAACAUGGACAGGGUUUUCUAAGGAUGCAUUUACUGACCUUUGGCCGGUUGUGAAACUCUCUUUAUCCUCCGGUGUGAUGCUCUGCUUAGAGUUGUGGUACAAUGCGGUUCUAGUUAUAAUGGCGGGCUUCAUGAAAAAUGCUACAAUUGCCAUAUCAGCCUUCUCUAUCUGCCUCAACAUCACAGCUUGGGAAUUUAUGGUAUCCCUUGGUUUCUUAACUGCAGCUUGCGUGCGUGUUUCAAAUGAAUUGGGCAGAGGAGAUGCAGCAGCUGCAAAAUUUGCCAUUAAAGUCAACUUAAGUACUUCAUUGUCUCUUGGUGUACUUUUUUCAGUUCUGUUUUUGAUAUUUGGACAUGUCAUAUCCUAUGCAUUCACAAGCAGCACAGAGGUUGCCAAAGCUGUGUCAAGCCUCACCAUUUUACUUUCUUUGUCAGUCUUGCUCAAUAGUAUUCAGCCAGUACUUUCAGGGGUGGCUAUUGGUUCUGGUUGGCAAUCUGUGGUAGCAUAUGUCAACCUUGGUUGCUACUAUGUAGUAGGGGUUCCUGUUGGAGUUUUGCUUGGUUAUGUUGCAAAACUUGAUGUUAAGGGUAUCUGGAUUGGAAUGAUUUUUGGGGUUUUAUUGCAAACAUUAAUGCUUCUUUGGAUCACUUGGCGAACUGAUUGGGAUGCUCAGGUGGAAAAUGCAUCACUACGUCUAAAGAAGUGGUUUUUGGCACCUUCUCAAGAGUCGAAUGAGAACUCAAACCAUGCUUGAUCAGAGAGUGAGCCCCAUUUUUAUGUGACAUUAUGCUGGGAAGUUAAUUCCUAGAGGAAAAAUUUAGAGUCAAUUUUGUUUUUGUUUUUUUGUUUUUUGGGUGAGUGAAAAGCAAGUGAGGUUCUAACUGUAGAAACAGGCUCAUGAUUUACUUAAAGAGUUAAUACUAUUGGCGACAAGUGCAUUUGGUUCGUCA